AUUUACAUAGAACAUCGGCAGAAUAUACCGGUUCACGCACACACUUCCACACCUCUUUUUUUCAACUGCCGAUUUCGGCGAAGCUUUUUUACUGCGCUUCUGCACCAAAAUCUACAUCUGUCGAAAUUCGCAUACUUGGCUUUUCUGUCAGUUUUUUUAAUCUUACAAAUUAAUUAUGAAUGUUAAAUGCACCUCUAUACAUAUUUCUUAAAUGGCCGCAGGCUGCGGUGAAAGGGGGACUGAGAACGCCGUACACUUAAGUAGCAAAAUAUGAGUAAAAUUCUGUUAGUGAGGCGUAGCGUUAGACGUGAGAAAUGCUUCGGAAGGAAAACCGAAACUCUAGAGAGAGGAAUUAGAAAAAUAUAAAGCAUUAAUUUAAUGCCCUAAAGAAUGCACAUGGGAUAGAUUCAGGAGAGUUUAGAACUGGAAUUUAAGUAAUGUUAACAUUCUAAAUAUAUCUAUAAAACUUCUAAAAAAUGUUUCGCGUGAAAAUAAUUAAGGUUUUAAUUCUUAAUUCUUCGCGAAUGGUAAUGUUCGUAUGAAAGUAUCGUGAUUUAGAUUAGCUACAGCUUGGUCCAUGCAUAUUGAUGUUUAACAGGAUAUUUCGAUGUCUGGAAAGCAUAAAAUUGCUCAUUACAAUUACAUAGAUGUAAUACAGAUUUACAUACACAUUCAAUUAUAUAUAUGGAUAUAUUUAUAUACACAUUCAGUUAUAUACAUGUGUUAUUAUUAGUUAUAUAUAUGUAUUACUUAUUCAGUUAUAUAAUGAAAAAUGUAAAUUUAAUUAUAUAGCAAGAUUUUUCUGCGUAUUCAUUGUUUUCUAUAGUUCGUAUGUAUGGGUGGAACACCUAGACGGAUGGAAAAAUUUGCCCACUUUAUGCAACGUGAAUUGGACAUCAAGCUGCCUACUGGAACCUCCUUGUGUGAUAUUAGUGCUCGUUCGUACCGAUAUUCAAUGUUCAAAAUAGGACCAGUAAUAUCUGUUAGCCACGGUAUGGGUAUUCCAUCUCUGUCUAUUUUACUUCAUGAGAUGAUUAAGCUGAUGUAUCAUGCACAAUGCAAAGAUGUCACUUUCAUCAGAAUUGGAACUUGUGGAGGAAUUGGUAUACCUGGAGGUUCUUUAGUGAUAUCAGACGAAGCAGUUGAUGGCUUACUGAAACCGUACUUGGAGUUGGACAUUUUAGGUAAACAAGUGAAACGUCCUGCUGUUUUGGAUAAAGAAUUAGCUGCGGAAUUAAAAGCCAUUGCGGAUUCUGAAUUUCCAGAUUAUCAUGCGGUUGUCGGUAAAACAAUGUGUACUUACGAUUUCUAUGAAGGUCAGGGCCGCUUGGACGGAGCCUUCUGCGACUACACAGAAGAAAAUAAGAUAACUUUCCUUCAAGAUAUUUAUUCUAAGGGUGUAGUGAACAUCGAAAUGGAAUCUUUAGCUUUCGCAGCUAUGUGCCAUCACGCAGGUAUCAAAGGUGCCGUUGUUUGCGUUUCUUUAUUGGAUCGUCUUAAAGGGGACCAAAUAAGCGAAACUAAAGAAACUAUGGAAAUGUGGCAAGAAAGACCACAGCAGCUAAUUGCCAAGUUCAUCAAGAAAAGACUUAACAUGACAUAAUGUGUGCAGAAAUAUGAUACCCAUAUAUAUUUAUUUGAUGCAUGAUUAUCAUUUAAAGCAUCUCGUAAAGGGAGUUCCUGUGAAAUUCUCUUGCAUAUGAAAGUGAGCUCUUUGUCAUAUGGUGUAACAAUGUAUUUUAUAAAGGUAACGCGAAUUAUAACAUUCCCAACUUUCUUACUUAAAGCCUUUAAAAUAUUUUUUGUAUAAGUGCUUUUUAAUAUAUGCAGAGACCAAAUAUAUUGGCAAUAAUAUUGACGUAUAUUUAAAGAUUAUUAAUGAAAUUUGGUAAUCUUAAUGAGGAAACAGUAUAUAUUAGUUCAAAUUUGUAACCAAAGGUUAUACAAUUCCAAUUUUAUCGAACUAAAGGCUACAAUGUAAUCAGUCUUGUUACAAUUGUAACAUUUCGUUUAAAAUUGUAACCAAAGAUUACAAUUAGUUCAAUUUGUAUCUAAAGGCUGGAAUUGUUUACAGAUAAUUGCAUUGUUUUGAUCAAAACUGCAUUGUUUCGAUCAGUGUUUUAAGUUUAUCACUCACUAUCACUUUAAGUUCACUAUUAGCUAAAAAGAUUGAAUUUAUUAUGAAUGUUUAAUAACGUUAAUAUCAUUGUAAGAGGAGCAAUAUUUUUAAGCGCAGAUAUUUUUAUAUUGCACCUAUAUGAAUUAUGUUAGAUCUCGUGAUCAUCCAUCCAAAUUCAUCAAACUGUUCAGGAUAAUGGUUAGAAUGUAUUCUAGCACAGAAGUGUUCAUUCAAGUAAUCCAAGAUGACAUUCAACUUAAAGUAAUGCAUUAUUAGUGUCACACUUCUGAAUUUUUGAGAGCUAAGAGACUGAAUAUAAUUUCUUGGUGUGUACAAUGCCUCAGCUACAUAUAAUGUUUACAAAACCACCAUUUAUAUGAAAAUUCGUGUCAUCAGAGUAUUAAAUAUUAUCUACUGCUGCUAAACUAACUAAACUAUUCCCAAAAGAUAAUAUGUAUAAUAAAUGAUAACAUUUGUAUUUGUUUUUACCACUGAUUGUUUGAAUUAGUUUAUUUUUAUAUGAUGGAAAUAUUUUUUAAGCUUAAAUUUUGAAAGCGAUUUUUUUAAUGCUACCAAAAAUGUACUUUUGUUAACCCAACCAAAACCUUUAUUAUGAAUAUUUUAGCCCAUUUAUCAGUUGUCUAAUGCAGUGCUCCGCAACCGGUGUGCCGCGGCACACUGGUGUGCCAUGAGUAGGAUAUAGGUGUGCCGCUAUCAAAUACAUGUAUUUGACAUUUUGCAAUUUUUUAUCAUGUAUUUAAUACACAGUGAC